CCGAUAUGGGUUUUUGUUUGUCGUCGAAGCAGAACGGUGAUGCUGAGGAAGGACGGUGGAUUUCCAGACUUCGAUGCAGCGGAUUUUUCCUUCUCUGUCUUCAGCUCUAAACACCCACGUACAUAGUUGAAUUGAAUUGCUCAAAUAUUCAAAGUACCAAGUUUUCUUUUCCUCAGAAAAUCGUCUCCGCGUUUGAGGAGCUAAAAGCCCGAGAAUCCCCUAAUAUCAUACUCUUAAAAAUGAGGGGUUCGAUCAAUCGGCCUCCGACUCCGGAUGCAGAGGACGAUCAAAUUCAAGAAAAGCAGCUCACUUUCCAAGAGAUUAUCGACAUCAAGUUGAUCGAGAGUGGUGAAAAGGAACGAUUGAAGGAGCUUUUGAGGGAAAGGCUUAUAGAAUGUGGUUGGAGAGACGAAAUGAAAGCUCUUUGCAGGGCGUUUGCACAGAAGAAGGGAAGGGAUAAUGUUACAUUGGAUGAUCUUGUACAGCUCCUUACCCCGAAGGGCAGAGCUUCUGUUCCUGAUUCAGUGAAGGCCGAGUUGUUGCAGCGAAUCAGAUCUUUUCUUGCAUCAGCUGCUAUUUGAAGUUGCAGACUUGCACAUCAGGGCAAGUGACCAACUGCUGAUCACCAUUUUUUUCUCUGCAUUAUGACGCCAAGUUUGUUUUGACAAAUUGUUACCAAGUAGUUGCUUAUUAUGAAUGAAGACAUUUCGUUUUCUUCCUUGCCUCUCAGGAGGUCCUUAUUCACUAGUUGUUUUUUAUUUUGACGAUAUUCUUCUCCAUUUGUUGGCCUGAAAGAAAGAUUGGGAUCACACUAUGAGAGGAGAUUGUUACAAGUUAGAUGGAUAAUUGAAAGU